AACCAUACUUUGUUUACAUGUAUGAUGUGUGUAUAAAUAAGCAGCUGGCCCUCCAUUCUCCAUAUUCAUUCCAAACCAAACAUUCCACUCUUUUCUUAGUUUCACUACUAUAUCAGUCUCUGUUUAUUUAGUAUUAACCAUUGCCACCUCUUAAAAUUCCAAACAUGGUGGCAAAAGUUCUUGCAUAUCUGAUCCUCUUUGCUGCAAUCUCUAGCACUGUCACAUCCGAUCCUGACACCCUUCAGGAUCUCUGCGUCGCUGCUCCUUCUUCAGGGGUAAAGGUGAACGGGUUUGCUUGCAAGGAAGAGGCAAAUGUUACAGCAGCUGAUUUCUUCUUUGACGGCCUAGCUAAGCCAGGAGUUGUUAACAGCUCAGUUGGAUCACUUGUUACAGCGGCCAAUGUGGACAAGAUUCCAGGCCUAAACACACUAGGUGUUUCACUGUCCCGUAUUGACUAUGCACCUGGUGGCCUUAACCCACCUCACACUCACCCUCGCGCCACUGAGAUUGUGUUUGUGUUAGAGGGAGAAUUGGAUGUUGGGUUCAUCACUACAGCAAACAAGCUCAUCACCAAGACCAUCAAGAAAGGUGACAUCUAUGUGUUCCCAAAAGCUCUUGUUCAUUAUCAGAAAAACAAUGGUGACAAGGCUGCUUCUGUGAUCUCUGCCUUUAAUAGCCAAUUGCCUGGCACUCAAUCCAUUGCUGCUACACUUUUUACGGCAACACCCGCCGUGCCAGACGACGUUUUAACUAAGGCCUUUCAGGUUGGUACCAAGGAGAUUGACAAAAUCAAAUCAAAGCUUGCUCCCAAGAAGAGUUAGAGCUCACCUAAUUUGCUCCCGGAAAUUGUUUGCUCUAAUUUUUUUUUUUUUUUUUCUCUCAAAAAUAAAAUCUAUAUGUGAGUCUGAAAAUGGUACUCUGUAAUAAACUAAUAAUUUGAGAAAAGCUGUUUAUUUGUAA